CACGCCCCUGCAGGGGUAGCAGCGCAUCAGUUCUGCGGCUCUAUACGGGACACGACACAGAAAACGAGAGAGGGAAAAGCAGACAGGAAAGAAAAGAAAGACUGACAGUGGUGCCAAGAGCGACAGAAUAGAAACAGGCGGAGAGAGAGAGAAGGAUCGAGUGCUUUGAGAGACGGGAGUGAUGACAGCGGCGGUGUUUUGUGGGGCUUUGCUGAUGCUGGCUCUGGCCUCGGGCGGGGAUGCUGCGGGGGAAGGAGGAAUCUCGUUUGAGUACCACCGAUACGAGGAGAUGCGGAAAGCGCUGGUGUCCGUGUGGCUGCAGUGCCCCUCCAUCACCCGCAUCUACACGGUGGGGGAGAGUUACGAGGGCCGAGAGCUUCUGGUGCUGGAGAUGAGCGACAACCCUGGGAUCCACGAGCCUGGUGAGCCGGAGUUUAAGUACAUUGGGAACAUGCACGGUAAUGAGGCCGUGGGCAGAGAGCUGCUCAUCUAUCUGGCUCAGUAUCUCUGUAAUGAGUACCAGGAGGGCAACGACACCAUCAUCGACCUGAUCCACUCCACACGCAUUCACAUCAUGCCCUCCAUGAAUCCUGACGGCUUUGAGAAAGCAGCCUCACAGGUAAACUGUCCACCAGGUUCUACUCAUGAAUAUAGUGCUAGUCCAGAUGAUCUGGUGUUUAAGACUUUGGCUAAGGCCUACUCCAGCUAUAACCCAGUGAUGUCCGACCCAAACCGGCCGGCAUGCCGCAAGAAUGAUGAUGACUCCAGCUUCAAAGAGGGCAUCACUAACGGAGGAGCCUGGUACAGUGUGCCUGGAGGUAUGCAGGACUUUAACUAUCUUAGCAGCAAUUGUUUUGAGAUCACUCUGGAGCUGAGCUGUGAUAAGUUUCCUCCUGAGGACGCACUCAAGCAGUACUGGGACCAGAACCGUAACUCACUGGUCAACUACAUGGAGCAGUUAGCUAAGGAUGGCGAUUACUGGCGCUUGUUGGGUCCUGGUAACUACAAAGUGUCAGCAUCUGCUCCUGGGUACCUCACUGUGGUCAAGAAAGUCGCUGUUUCCCAUAGCCCUGCCACACGGCUGGAUUUUGAGCUGGAAUCGUUGGAAGAGAGGAAGGAGGAAGAGAAGGAGGAGCUCAUGGAUUGGUGGAAGAUGAUGUCAGAGACACUCAACUUCUAACUUACCUGAGGCGGGGGCCAUCACAAGCAUUAUGGGUGUAAAAUAUUUAUUGUUGUUGUAUGUGUGUGCUCAUCAACUUAAAAUAGCAUAAUUCAGUUUAUUGGUUUGUUUUGAUUGUUUUGCAUUAGAGGUACUGCAUUUUACCAUUUAUAACAGCCAUAUGAACAUUAAGCCAUUCUUACAUGUUAACAAAGACAACCAGUGUUAAAGCUGGUCUAAGUAUUUGCAUAUAUGGUUGUCCUUGUAAAUAUGGACUCCACUAAAUGCUAAUGCUAAAUGUAGGUCUGGUGAAGUGCCCCUAAAG